AGAGCGUGGAGGACCGCAACAAGUGGGCAGUGCUCACGCUGUAUGAGGCCCUGAACGCGCGGGACGUGGAGCGGGUGCAGCAGCUGCUGGCCCCCGACAUCGAGUGGUGGUUCCAUGGCCCGCCGGAGCACCAGCACAUGAUGCGCAUGCUCACCGGCGCGGAGGAGGAGACCGCAGCCGCCUUCAGGUUCCAGCCCGAGCGAGUCGCCGCCUUCGGCUCCACCGUCGUCGCCGAGGGCAGCGCCCCCAACGCCGCCUGGGUCCACGCCUGGACCGUCGCCCCCGAUGGGAUAAUCACCCAGGUCCGCGAGUACUUCAACACCUCCCUCACCAUCACCCGAGUCGCCGCCUCUUCGGCUUCCUCCAAGGAACCCGCAGGCUCGACACACUGCCUUCACCUGUGGCAGAGCCGCCGCCCCGCCCCUCCCGAGAAAUCCUUCCCCGGCCUCGUCCUGGCCAUCUAAGCCACUACAAACAAUCCUAAGCCGUACGCCUAAUCAUUCUAAAUAAAGAGGGGUGGGUGAAAGUUCCAUGGGCUGAGAGGGAACCCUCACUCCCCGUUGUUGGGAUCUGAGUCUGUAGCUGUAAGGUCUGCGUGUAGUUUGCUUGUGUGUCUUCGUUUGUAUCAAAGAGUCCGAGAUGAGGACGAUGAUGAUGAUGAGGGGAAGAAGACGAUUCCUACCUUCUGUAUGCUUGUUUGGUUACAUGCUGAACAAAAGAGGUUGCUUUAAAUCGA